AUGAUUAUCAUAAGGUGUUUAUUUAUUAAUAUUUUAUAUAUUUGUCUGUGUAUUUCCAUCACACAUUGUAGUCCGGACAUCGCAAAAUUGGAGAAGGAUCAGAAGAUCUUGUUGGAAAAUUUAAAACAUAAUAAAAACAUAACUGAUGAAAUGUAUAGUAAAUUAAAAUUUUUGGACAGAAAGGACAACCUCAAGGUAAAUGUAGAUGUGUUUGACCUGUGUUCAGAGCUUAAACUCAGUCAAUGCCACGAUUCCUCGAAUUAUGUUAAGGUUGAUAAUAACUAUGCACCACCCAUAAUAGUACUGUUGCCAGAAGAUUCGACAUCAAGAGAGAAGUGGGAGUAUGCUGUAACACUAAAAUGUCUUGGUCAAAGCAACUUUGAUGCCUUCACAAACAUACACAAUACGAGGAUGGCAAAGAUGGCAAGCAUAUCUGGAACCACUGUAUCCGAAAUAAAUGCUGAAAUCAAGGAAACUGAAAAGGAAUUGGACAGUGUUAAACUGGAGCUUGAAUCAUUGAAGGAACAGAAAAAAAACUUAAAACCAGCUGUCAAAAAUGAUUUUAAGGAGAAGACUAGACAACUACACCUGGAUCAUAACAUUAAGUUAUUAAAUAGAGAAAUACACGUGAUGGAAAUAAAAUUGGAAAAAUUAAAGAAAAAAUUAAAAAUCGCAGUCCUUUUUGGACAAAAAGAUAAUAAAACUCCAAAAAAUAAUGUAGAAGAGGAAAAUGUAGAUCAAGGAAAUGAAGAUGAAUACGAAUCCGGCUCAAUGGGUGAGGUAAAAAGCAGUUCAAAGAUCAUUCUAAGGUCUAAGAACCGCCCAGUCGACAAAUCUAUUAAUGAUCCAUACAUGUUGGUAUCAUCAAUCGGGUGCUUAAUAGCAGUUUACUUGAAGGUAGUUUAA